AUGUCAUCUCGUCACACACCAAACAAUCCCCACCCCGCCGCCGCCUGCACAGACCUCAUAGCAUCACUAUUGUACUUCUGUAUCUUGUCUGCUGCCGAAAGGGCGGCGCUUUCAUCACCUCUCCCAAUACUGCGCGCUGUCAUUGUCGCCGUAAGUUUACACUCCCAACACGACGCCUACAGCAUGGAGUACAAGCCUCAGCAUAGCGACCUGGAUGGGGACAUCGCUAUGGAGGAUCAAGAUCCUUUCAACCAAGCCAAGUAUCGUCCUGCGGCCUCGUCGAAUCCCUCCACUCGCCCACCAUCGCAAUAUCUGUCGACCAACACUCCAGACGAACCAGGUUCACGCGCUGCCUCCCGCUAUUCUCCCAUGACCACCAGCACACCCAACACGCCAUAUCACGGUAUCUCGAGCCCUCAGCAGCAGCAGCAGCAGAUGGGCCACUACACUUCGUACACACCGCAACAGCCCUCGAGGCAUUCGCCCAAUCGCCAAAACCAAUACACUUCACCCACACAGCAACGGUACUAUGCCUCGCCGCCCUCCUCUUCUCGUGCGCACACGUCACAGCUACCGCCAUUGCAGUCCAGCUUGUCUCCUGCCUCAUCCUUCUAUCCGCAGUCUGCGACACAACAAUUGAAUGCUGUUUUUGGCCACGAGAAUGAUCCUCACAGGGCGGGUCCGCAAGCACCUGCGCCAGAGACGCCCGCCGAUGUUGUCCCUCAAUUUGUUCGCGUGCAUGAUAUUUCCCAUCUGCGGCCGCGAGUCAACGCCCAACCGCCAUUCCGCCGCGCAAACCCCGAGGGAGGCUUCAUCAGUCCCUUGCAAGCACUCACAACACAUCUUCCGGCGACAUACCGUAUCUGCAACCCGUCAUUCCAGUAUGAGUCGUCGCGCAACCCACGGCGUGUCUUGACGAAACCCAGCAAGGGUGUUAAAAAUGAUGGAUAUGACAACGAGGACAGCGAUUACAUUCUAUAUGUCAAUGACAUCCUGGGAUCUGAGGAGACGAAUCACAAAAAUCGAUACUUGAUUUUGGAUGUGCUUGGACAAGGUACCUUCGGUCAGGUUGUGAAAUGUCAGAAUCUGAAAACUCAGGAGGUGGUUGCUGUCAAAGUGGUGAAGAACAAGACGGCAUACUUUAAUCAAAGUAUGAUGGAAGUAUCAGUUCUCGAUCUUCUGAAUGGUCGAAUGGACAAAAAUGAUGACCAUCAUAUCCUGCGGCUAAAGGAUACCUUCAUUCAUCGGCAGCAUUUGUGUUUGGUUUUUGAAUUGCUGUCCGUCAAUUUGUACGAACUCAUCAAGCAGAACCAGUUCCGAGGGUUGAGUACAACAUUGGUUCGCGUUUUUGCGCAGCAGCUUCUGAAUGGUCUCUGCUUGUUGAGCAAGGCGAAGCUCAUUCAUUGUGAUCUGAAACCAGAGAACAUUCUCCUAAAGAAUCUCGAGAGCCCGAUCAUCAAAAUCAUCGAUUUUGGUUCAGCGUGCGAUGAGCGACAGACUGUGUACACAUAUAUUCAAUCGCGGUUCUAUCGGUCACCGGAAGUACUCCUCGGACUACCAUACUCCGCUGCAAUCGACAUGUGGUCACUGGGUUGCAUUGUUGUGGAGUUGUUCCUUGGUCUGCCACUAUUCCCUGGUUCAUCAGAGUACAAUCAAGUUUCUAGAAUACACGAGAUGCUCGGCCUCCCACCGAACUGGAUGCUGGAAGUCGGAAAACAAUCAGGCGAAUUCUUCGAAAAGGUGCACGAUGACUUCGGCCGCCGGACGUACAAGCUCAAACCAAUGGAGCAAUACGCACGAGAGCAUGGCAGCAAAGAGCAACCCAGCAAGAAAUACUUCCAGCAGACCAAGCUUGAUGACAUCAUACGAUCAUAUCCCAUGCCGAGGAAGGGCAUGAAGGCCAACGAGAUGGAGCGAGAAAUGGCAAACCGGGAAGCAUUCAUCGAUUUUGUACACGGUCUCCUAAAUAUCAAUCCUUUGGAACGAUGGUCGCCACAACAAGCUCGCACGCAUCCUUUCAUUACUCAACAGAAAUAUACCGGACCAUUUCAACCACAUACCAGUCUUAAAAUGAACAACAGAUCACCAGCGCCUGGGGUGCAGCAACAACAACAAGCAGAGGCACUCUCCAAGCAACGCGCACAGGCACAAGCGGUGCAGGUGCAGCAAGUGAACAAUGCUGCGUACACCAUGCACAUGAAUCCUGGCGUUCCGAGCUAUCCCACAACUCCGCAGAUGCCGCAACAGCCUGCAGCAUAUCAGAACAUGUACAGUCCUGCUCACACCGUGGCACCACCACCAUACCCAUCUGCGCAGCCUGCUACCGCGUAUGGCCAGCCGAUUCCCAUAAUCCAGCAGCCUCCACCAGCGCUCAAUCCGUAUGCUCAACAGCAAAACCAGGCCAUGUACAAUCAAGCCUCUGCCCGUGGAGCUCGGCAGCGUGCCAGCACUAUAGACGGCAAUGGUUCGAAUGGAAUCCCAGCUGCGUUGCAGCGUGUUGUCAGUCAUCUGGAUCCGAAUGCGCCCAUUCGCUUGCAGCCCAGCCCGGCAUAUUACCCACCACCGCAAGAAGGCCAGAGCAGUGCAGACAUGGGUAGUAUAGGCCGCCGACGGACUAGUCGGGCUGGUGCAUCUGGUCAGCCUCGUCAUGGUGCCAGCGACUCGCAGAACCGAAAUUUCGUCCGGAUGCUGGAGGAUCGCACACUCGAGGAAGGCUGGAAUGGUGCAAGUAGCAACCCCGGUGGUUGGCCAAAUGUCUAG